GAAAUAGAACGGCAUCAGUAGUAAUGUGAUGUUUUCAACUGUGUUUCCAAUCUUUAAUUUUGAGUUUUUCUUAGCAAGCAACGGUCUUAACCUUGCAAAUACAGUCAAGAGCCAAGACAUUCCGAGCGGCUACGAUGAGGAUUUAUCAUUCGUUAUUUAGUGCUGCCAAGUUUAGGACAGUUUUUGACUUUGGUGAGCGAGAGGUGGCACAUUGGUUUCCCGGACAUAUGGCUAAAGGACUCAAGCAGAUGAGAGCAAAUUUACGGAAGGUUGACUGCAUUAUUGAGAUCCAUGAUGCAAGAAUACCCUUUUCUGGAAGAAAUCCUUUAUUUCAAGAGAGCCUUGAUGUCCGGCCACAUUUACUUGUUCUGAACAAGAUGGAUCUGGCAGACACAUCCAAUAAGGAGAGUAUUCUAAAACGGCUUGAGAGGGAAAGUGUGAAGAAUGUUUUGUUUACUGACUGUUUAAGACAAAGAGAUGAGAAUGUAAAAAAGAUUGUUCCUCUCAUAACAGAGUUGAUAGAAAGAGGGUCACGUUUUCACAGAGAAGAGGACAUAAGUUACUGCCUGAUGGUCAUUGGAGUGCCAAAUGUGGGGAAGUCAUCUCUGAUUAAUGCUGUAAGAAGAACGUUUUUGAAAAAAGGCAAAGCUUCCAAAGUUGGAGGUGAACCAGGAAUUACAAAAGCUGUCUUGACCAGAAUUCAGGUCUGUGAGCGACCCAUAAUUCAUUUACUGGACACCCCGGGAGUUCUGCCACCUAAAAUAGAGAACAUAGAGUCAGGAAUGAAACUAGCUUUAUGUGGUACCAUUCUGGACCAUUUAGUUGGUGAGGAUAUCAUUGCAGAUUAUCUGCUGUUUUCACUGAACAGACUGGAAAGAUUUAGUUACGUCGAGAAGUAUGAUCUUGAAGAGCCUUGUGAUGAUAUUCAGCAUGUGCUGAAGUGUAUUGCCGUGAAGCUGGGCAAGACCAAGCGUGUGAAAGCAAUCACUGGCAUUGGUAACAUUACUGUCCAAGUACCAGACUACACUGCGGCAGCCUAUGAUUUCAUCAGAGCAUUCCGGAAAGGAGAACUUGGAAAAGUGAUGCUAGACUUAUAAAACAUGGAUGAUUUUUGCCAUUGUAACUGUUUGGACUAUUGACCAUACUGUAUGUAUUUUCAAGGCUGGACACUGAGCACAAAGGAAAUGCAUGAAUUACUUUUAUUGUUUUCAUUAAAAGAGGGUGCAUCAAGGAUUUUGGACAUUUCUUUGUUUUUAUUGUGUACAGGUAUCAGAAAAGGUAAACAGUGUAUUUUUUCCUUACUGAAAUUGAAGCUACAAUAAAUUAUUCGGUUUCAUAUAGCCUGGUGUCAUUGUAUGUAUAUGUUUAUAUAUAAAAAAAAAAACAUGGAUUACAACCAAAAAGAUAGAAACAAAAACUACAGUACUUUUAACUAUUUGAUUUCCUACUGUCCCAGUAAUACAUCAGCUGAUAAUAUACUUUUGAAGACUAAUGCAUCCAUUUAGAGAAAUAUUUGGCACACGAUUGUUUUUUUUUUUUUUUGUUUCUAAAAUAAUAUUUUGUAUACAGUAUAUCUAAUGAUUGGCAAAUAGAUUUUAUGUAAUAGAUACUGCAUUAACAUUGUUGUGUGGAUUAUCAAAAGUGUCUACAAGAAAUACAAAAUGCUUCGAUCAAUAUUUCAAAGCAUGACAAAUUUAAAAACAUUUUUCACACUCACGGGAAUGGAAGUACAGUUACAGAUAAAAAGUUUAGAGUUGUGUCACAGCAUACUUUUUCAGUUCACACAAAAUUAUUACAGUUAAAAGUGAGCACAGACAUUGAUAAACGGACAAAGGUUCAUAUAAAAAUUUUCAUAAUUGUUUAAAUCUAUAAGACACUCAAGGACAGUGGUGCUUCUCCACAGCAUUAACACAGUAUAUCUGCCAUCCAGUGCACGAUUUAGCCAGCAUAAAUUUAGUAGGAAAAUUUGUGUAUUUACUAAUGCUCCACUUGAAGCAAACUAUGCACUCUAACCUUUCAGAUCUUAUUAUCAAAUGCUUAUUUGCUAUCUAAAUAUACAGUGGUUUUGAAAUGUUCUUUUAUCGUUUUAUCCUCUUUUUUUAUCCUGUUUGUGCAACAAAGUACACAUUAUUAAGCAUUGGUGUGACUAACUUGUUGCACAGUAACAUUAAGUAGCUUAUUAAACUGUGUCAAGUCUUAAACUGCCUC